GCUGUUCAGCUGCAAGGACGUCUUUGUAAACAGGAAGUUGCUGCUGCAAAUCGCAUCUGCUCACCGCUCCACACGUUACUCCUAAUAACCACUAUCAUUUCCAGUCUGCAGGUGCUUGGUUUACAUCUCUUGAUUCUGAUCGUUGACUGAAGUCGAUUGACUGACCCUGGUCUGGUCUGACGGUAGGCGGUAGCCAUGGCGACGGACUCAUGCCUGCUGAACUCUGAGGUGGAGCUGCAGCAGCAGGAGGAGCUGUAUCAACAGCUGCUCUUAAAGGCGGGCGGGAAGGUGCCUAGCGAUGCCCUGGACUCCAAACUGAUCCGUCCACAGCCAGGAAUGUGUGUGAAGACCCUGUCGCAGACGGACAAUCAGAAGAUCUUCGUCAACAUCUGUCAGUCCCCCUCUGUCCCGCCCCCCCCCGAGCUGUCCAGGGACGAGCUGGUGACCCUCCUCCAAUCAGAGGACCCCACCGGCUACAGAGUUCCCAUGAGCCUCGGCGAGCCGCACACGGAAAUGGACAACGGCUCCCAGAGUUGUACUGCCUACGAUGUGGUCAUCAGCGAGGCCUUCUACCAAAAGAGCCUGACGGAUCCACUGUUCCAGCAGUUCCUCAUCAUGGUGUCCUUGGAGGGCUUAGAGAACAAAUACCACCUGGAACUGAGCCGAGACUGGAAGAUUCUGAAGAACCGGAAAUUCUUUGGUUCUGUGAGUGAGCAGAACAUUCGAACCAAGAGCCAACCUGUUAUCCAGGAACUCCCGCAAACGGAUUGCUCCAGUGACCCAGCUAGAAGACCAGAGUUCAGUCUGCUGGUGGAGCCUCCCACAGGGAGUCCACAGUACCUCAUAGCGGAGAUCCAGCUGCCUGGCGUGCGGUCGUGCAGGGCGCUGGUCCUUGACGUGGGGGAGGACCGCCUGGUGCUGACGGCCCGGCCCAACCUCUUCCACCUCGACGUCUUCCACCCCCUGCUGGUGGACCAGGGGGGCAGCGUGGCCCAGUUCAACACACACACACAGAUUCUGACCAUCACAAUGCCUGUAGUGUCUUCAUGAUGCCAGUCUCAGUGUCUACUUGUUAUUUAAAAGAAGAAUGUUGUAAGAGAAAUAAACAUUAUUUUUUAAAG